GGUCAGACCCGGCUUCAUUCCCGGGCUGUGCCAUAGGACUGCGCAUAAUUGCUCCAGCGUCGUCCGGGUUAGGGGAGGGUUUGGCUCAUCGCGGCCGGUCCGGGUGCCUGCAGGCGGAGGCUCUAUGCAUUAUACCGCCUCCAACAUUGUAAUUUACUUCCUACCGGGUUGAUAACUUCCGGAGCGAUUUCUGCUAUUGUUUUUAUCAUUAGCUUUCUAGCUAUAACUAGUCGAUGCAUUUCUGACUGAAAUAGUUUGCAAUGACUACAUUUAAAUUACAGCCCGGCGAAGGAGGUGCUAAUGAGCAUUGUUCAGUUUCUUCCAAAUGUAAUGGUAUUGUGAGCUUCCAUAGUUUCCCGGUCGAUGUAACAGCGCUCAGAAAAAGGUGGUUGGUGGCAAUACGUCGUGACAACUUUACUGUCACCAAACACACAAAGGUGUGUAGUACACAUUUAAUCGAAAGUGACGUUGAGGGAAAACAUGGGGGCGACAAUACCUAAAAAGAGGUGUUGUUCCUACUCUUCGCGUGGAACUGGCACAUUCAAAAGAGACCUGAUGUUUGGGAAAGAAGACUGAAACCUCCGACUGAGGAGGAUGAGAACAAGGUGCGCUGCUUAUGGACUGUGCCGUCUCUGAUCCGGUCCAGACACAUGAUUACUAUGCAGUCCCUGAACCCGCAGCCCUGAACAUGACCCUAAUGGCAAAACAUGAGCACGUAAGAGAAAUUGAAGAGCUUCGAGCCAAGCUGGAGAACUGACCGCCCAACACAGCUUUGGUCUACAGCGAUUUGCUGGUUCUGACGAGGAUAUACGUUUUUACACAAGACACUGCCAUCAAUCGACGAGUUCUUCUUGUUUAUGACUCGUCUGUCGCUGGGUCUGAAGCAGAAGGAUUUGGCCCAUCGGUUCAGCAUCCACCAAUCGACAGUGAGACGGAUUAUCAUCUCUCGGGCCAAUUUACUCUACUGUCUGCUUGGAUCAGCACGGAUAUGGAUCCCCAAGGAAACCAUCAAAGCCCACCUACCACCUGAGUUCAACGACUAUCCAUACACCCAGGUAGUGAUCGACCGCACUGAACUCCUCUGCCAGACACCAUCUUCACUACUACUGCAGAGUGAGGUGUUUUCUUCCUACAAGUCACACUGUACCUUUAAGGGCAUGUUGGGAAUGUCACCAAAUGGAGCUGUCACUUUUGUGUCAUGGUUGUAUGCUGGAUCUGUGAGUGACAAGGAGAUCUUCAAGCAGUCUGGAAUUAUUUCCUUACUCACCCCUGACAUGGCCAUUAUGGUGGAUAAGGGCUUUCUCGUAGAUGACAUUGUUCCGUGCAAGGUCUACCGGCCAGCCUUUCUGUCAAGACGCACACAGAUGCCAGCGCAUGAGGUUAGGGAGACCCAAUCCAUUGCCAGGCUGAGAGUGCAUGUUGAAAGAAUGAUCCGCAGAGUAAAGGAGCACAAGCUUUUUGACACAGUCAUCCCCCUGACCAUCUCAGGCAGCAUCAACCAAUUUUUUCCAGUGACGUGCCUGUUGGUCAACUAUCAAAACGGACCUUUGGUCAGAGCAUGGGCCAAGCCAGUGUAAAUGAACAUGUGUUUAUUUGCUAUCAACAAAAUAAUAAGUUGUUUAUCUACGACAUGUAUCAGUCACUUGUGUUGUAGUGAAUAUCAGUUUGUGUGGAGCUUGUAUUGUCUUUAAUUAGGCAAUGAGCUUAGGGGUGGAGGAAUGAAAUCAAGUAAACACAGAAUAGCCAGAAUGCAAGAUUGAAUACAAUGUUAGAGAUGUGUAAUUGAUUAACUGAACUGUUGAACAUUUGCUGAAAUACAUUUUUUUUAAA